AUGGCGCCCAUCGACCGCGCAGAACGCGAGGCGCGACGGCAGCAGCGCAAGCGCGGCGCUGGCAUAACCUCGGCGAUCACCGAUUUCAACUUUAAUUUCAGUUUCGGAGCACCAGCUGCAAAGCAUUCAUCCGUCCCUCCGCAGCGCACCCAACGGACGCCCACCCCAAGGCAACAGACGCCCCGCACCUUAAACAGUUCGGCGAAACGACACCGCAGCGCAUCGGUACAUAGAAGCAGUAGUGUCAGGCGGCUCGUAACACCGAAAGCAUUGGUGACCCCGCAGCUGGGCAAGAGGAAGCGGGGCUCAAAAGAUGCGCAAGCCCUCGAGGACGACGAAGAGCCCGAUGAGCUCAGUCCGGAUCAAUACAAUGAAACGCACUCAAUAGAGCGGGCGAGAAGGGUAGUGGGAACAGUGGCACCAAUACACGAAGAGGUGAACGACGAGCCGGACGAAUUGAGCAUGGUGCUAGAAGGAGUAGGCAGUUGGCGCAAACACGCAGCUGAUGCCGUGAUCCCAGCAAAGAUACCCACGCCAACUAGUGUUGCUCAGAAGAGAAGCCCAAGCGUCAGUGGAAGCGCAGCAGGUUCUAUUCGAUCGCGACUGUCUACACAGAGGUCUAAGUCGACUGAGGCACCACCAGAGACACCCAGCAUAGUUGCAACCGGGGGCGCUAGUCAAUUAUCAGCUCAGUCCAACCUUAUGACACCCGCUAUUGCGCUUGAAGAGGAUGAAGAGGACGAAUUAACACCCGCGCCCGCCAGCGUCACUCCGAGGGUAGUGGGCAAGCAGCCAACUGUAGCGUCCGUGACACAGGAGGAUGAAGUCGAUGAGCUUUCAUCGCCUACGCAACCCGCAAGCACCGGAAUGACCCCAACUCCAAUAGCGCCCGAAGAGCAGAUACGACCGUCUCCUCCCGGACAAGAGCCUAACAAGCCAGCUGAUCCAGCACCUGCAAAACGUGGCGGACCUAAGCGCGUCAUAUCUGAAGAAAAUGAAGUCCGGUCGACCCCGGCAGCUACGAAACCCCGACGCAAAAAGACGAGCCUCGACGUUCAGGAGGAGUCCGCUGACGUUGAAGACUCUGUUGACGAGCUUUCACCCGAAGUCAACCGCACACGUAAAUCAACCGCGAAACGAAAGCAGAAUGUACAGCCUAUGCGCCGUCAGGAGCACCCAGUUGAAAUAUCUUCAGCAGAAGAGGAGUUCGAAGCAGAGGAGCUCAUGCAAGAAGACGAGGUCGACAUCAGUGUGUUGCCAGCUCCUCGGGAGAAACCCGUCAAACGGAUGGACAGCAAACCAGCGCGCAAACGACCGAAGUUUUCUGGACCGAAGCAAGCCAUCUCUGUCAUGCGCAUCAAGGGUUCCACUGUGAGAGGCAUCACUGUGGCAGAUACGACGCGCACAAUACUGGAGGAGAAUAUUGAUCAUCAGGUCCAGCGCAUGGCUACCAAGAUGCAGACGACUGAGGACUCGUCGCGUCGAAAAAAGCUGCGAGGGCACAUCAACCUUGCACUCGCCUUCAAGGAGAGUCUGGUCGAGAAGCUGAUGGAUCUCCAAGAUGCCAACGACACCCUUAGCGCAGGCUUCAAGAAGAGGAAGCUCCUUAGGAAAGACAACGUGGAACGACGAAAGGAAAUUUUACAAAUCCAGAACAACCGUCACGAGAUCGCGCUGGAGAUGGACGAUGAACGAGCUGUCUAUGACGCUGAAAAAACGAGGGCAGAAGCGAACAAUCAGCUCAGUGCCAACAUGUUCGAAAUUCAAGCGGCCAUUCAGAAUGGACGUGAGCGCGCAAGAAGAGAAGACCGCGAAGAUGAAGGCCCAGAAAGACCUCUGAGCAUGUUGAUUGAGAAGGUUGGACGCCAAGUGGGUUCCGUAGGCGGGGGACUACUGGCUUCAAUUCAGCAUUUCAAUGAGGGGUUGGAAAGAGCCGCAGGAUGGCUGGAAGGAAGGGCGUAA